AUGCCGCGGAAGGAGAAGCUUGUGUUCUGGCACGGGGUGCUGCACCUCGGGGCGGAGGAGCACCCGUUCUUUGACAUCUCCAUGCGGUUCGACGAGAACACCGAGGAGUGGCUGGUGGAGAGCACCGACGUGCCGCCACUGGUGGUCGACGACUCGCAUGUCUUGGAGGUCCGCUGGCUGGUCGAGGCCGACGCUGUCGCCUGCGAGUCGCGCUUCCUUGUGGCCUCGGAGAAGCUCCGCAUCCAGCCGGCCGAGCUCCCGUCGGUGCUUCCGGCGCGGCAGCGCCAUCGGCGUGGGUCGACGGCCGGCGGAAUGAUGGCCGGCCCCUCGAUCGCGUCUGCCAUUGCCCGCGGCGGGGAGUCGAGCUCGGACGUGUCGGGCUCGGGCAGCCGGAGCCGGAGCGUGAGCGGGAGCGGCGACGGCGAGUGGGAUCCGGGCGCGUCGGUGUGGGAUGAAGAGCUCUUUGCCUCGCUGGCGGAGGAGCAGUCAACACGCGAUGCGGUGGCCUCUGUCGACGCGCUCAAGCUGGAGCGGCGGGUGCUGGAGCGGGCGGCGCGGGAGGACCGCGACGUGCCGUCGCGGCACAGCCAGCCGUCACGGGUCUUUGCUUCUGUGGCCGGCACGGGCUCGUUCCGGUUGAUGCGGCACUGGCUCUACGACGUGUGGCUGCUCAAGGGGGUGAGUGUUCGCAUUCCUGCAGCACGGCUGCUCGCGCUGCCGGACGUGCUGCAGCCUGUGCGGUGGCGGCUGCCGACGACGACCAAGGCGCCGAUUCUCAAAAAGGUGCAGCGGUCGAUCCGGUACGGCAAGAAGCGGAUCAAGAGGUAG